AUGGGCGAUAUGCCGCUCGUAUGGACUGUUGACUUUGACCAAAAUCGCAUCUUCUACGACAGAGAAGGCCAGCAUUUGAUGUACGAGUUCUCCAUACCCGAGAAACUGCCCAUCAGGCUCAGGGACUUCCGUCCGUACAUCCCAAUGCAGCUGCCCGUUGCCAGUACUAAUUACAUGUCUCGUAUAUCCAGUAUGACGGCAGCACCUCGCGAUGACGUCCCUGAGGUUCUUUUUGACCUCGUCUACCGCUUUGCGAGCGACUAUGAAAGCAACUGGCGCACAUCAGGCCUCACUAUCGAACGAUAUGGCGUUCACUCACUAGCAAUGGGAAUUCUGAGCUGCUUCACGAUGAAAUUCGACAUGCAGAAGCUCUCAGCACCCCCUGAUAAGCAGUUCCCUUAUCUAGCUCGCUCCGACUUCAGCGAUCUACUUCGUUGGAGGGUCUGGCCCAGUCCACAAGUCGUCUCGACAGUCAGCUUUGGCGAAACACAAAUCAUCUUCACAGAGCGUAUGGAUUUGGCCAUGUCGCUUGUGCAUGAGCACUUCAAUACCAUAGUCACCGGCCAGAUAUUCGGUGAGAGUAAGGAGAGCCACAGACGUCACCGACGUGUGCGAUGUAACUCCAAGAUUCACUACAUUGUCACAUCCAUCCGAGAGAUUCAGUACUUCACAAAGACUCUCAGUAUAGGGGAAGUUUCGAUGACUUGUACACCAGCCAUUACUUUCUUUGACGGAGUCAAUCCGCCAUCUGAGACAGGUGUGCGCUGGUUACUCAGCGCCAUCUACAAGCAAGUGUAUCCUCCCAUCCAUCGCAUCCCGCAGCUCCCCGUCGAGCUGCAAGAGAUGAUCCUCGACUACGCACUGCCACCGCGCGCCUACGACUCAUUUUUCCGUGCCGUCUUUGCCGCAAGGCUGGGCCUCGGAGUGAGCUUCAAUUUCCAGUCGCAGGGCCGACUCAUCGUACUACGUCCUCUGGGUGGCGCUGAGCGCAUGCGCAGAACCGAGUCAGAGUACCAACUCAUGUUCUGUGGCCGAUACGUGGGUCUCACAUAUCAGGUAGACGAGGGAGCCAUGGUACAAAGUUGUCGUCCUCCGUGGACUGGGGCGGACACACUGUGGCAUAGGGCGUACCAGCAGUUCUAUCAAAGAUGA